CGACCAAUGAGGAGCGGCUUCAGCUUCCCCUUGAAUGAAGUGUGUGUAAUUUGUGAGUUGUUGUGCGUAAGUGAUCAAAGCGCCACGGCUGGCGUUCUUGGCUCCGAGGGGGAACUUGCCACAUUCGGGGCGAAAGGGGCGGCGGCGAUCUAUUUCAGACCCAUCGAGCCAAAGCAAAAGGGACUGGUGGUGGGCCAGGAAAACUCUUUCGCCGGGAGGAGGGUCAGGUGGCUUCUCUCUAUCACCCUCCUCUCCAUCCCAAAGCAGAAUGCGCUAGCCUGAAACACGCCGCAUGCCAGAGGAAGAGGAGAAGGCGGCAGAGGGGCGAACAUAGCAUUAAAAAAACCCGAGACUUUUCCGCAAUGAAGAGUAACCAGAUCCGGAGUGUUUUGUCUUGGCUGUUUUUCCUCCUGUGGAGCCUCCAGUCUGCAGCCUCUCAAGCAGUCUGUGCAGGCACCCUAAAUGGACUCAGCGUGACAGGGGAUGCCCAGCAACAAUAUGAAACACUACAGAAAAGGUACAACAACUGCGAGAUCGUCAUGGGCAACCUUGAGAUUGUGCUCAUUGAACAAAACCAGGACCUCUCCUUCUUGCAGACUAUCCGAGAAGUGACUGGCUACGUUUUGAUCGCCAUGAAUUACUUCACGUACUUGCCACUUCAGAACCUGCGCAUAGUGCGAGGGACCCAGCACUAUGAAGACAAGUAUGCCCUCUUCAUCAUGCUCAACUAUGAACCAAACGUCACGCAUGCCCUACGCCGGAUAGGCUUCAACCAGCUCACAGAAAUCCUGUCUGGAGGCGUCUACAUUUCGAGGAACGUGCGGCUCUGUCACGUGAACACUAUUGACUGGGGAGACAUCAUCCGAGACUCACGAUUCCAAGCAGUGGUCCACGACAAUGGGAUGAAAUGUUCUCCGUGCCAUGAGAACUGCCAUGGGCGCUGCUGGGGUCCCGGUCCCAAAGACUGUCAAAAAUUGAGCAAGUCCAUCUGUGCUCCCCAGUGCAACGGACGCUGCUUUGGCCCCAACCCCAACGAAUGCUGCCAUGACGAAUGCGCAGGGGGCUGCACUGGCUCUCUCAAGACGGAGUGCUUUGCCUGCCUGCACUUCAAUGACAGCGGGGCCUGUGAAACACGCUGCCCCCGGCCUUUGAUCUACAACACCAAUAGCUUCCAGCUGGAGCCCAAUCCUGACGUCAAAUACCAGUAUGGUGGCUUCUGCGUCAAAAACUGCCCACAUAAUUUUGUGGUGGAUCGAAGCUCGUGUGUCCGGACCUGCCCUAAUAACAAAAUGGAGGUAGAAAAAAAUGGCCAGAAGAUAUGCGAACAGUGUGAGGGACUCUGCCCAAAAGCUUGUGAAGGGACAGGAGCUGAAAGCAAAUACCAGACAGUGGAUGCCAGCAAUAUUCACCACUUCAUCAACUGCACCAAAAUCUUGGGCAAUUUGGACUUCCUUAUCACUGGUCUGAAAGGUGACCCAUAUCACAACAUAAGUGCCCUGGACCCAGAAAAACUCAACGUCUUCCAGACUGUGCGAGAGAUCACAGGUUACUUGAACAUCCAAUCAUGGCCUCAACACAUGCACAACUUCAGUGUCUUCUCAAAUCUGGUCACCAUUGGUGGACGCAGCCUGUAUAAUGGUGGUUUUUCUUUGCUGAUCAUGAAGAACUCAAAUGUGACCUCUUUGCACUUCCGCUCGCUUCGAGAGAUCAGUGCUGGAAAGGUCUAUAUCACUGAGAACCAGCAACUUUGCUAUUACAACACUAUCAAAUGGGAACGUCUCUCUCGCCGACGCGCGGACCUUGACAUCAAGAAGAACAGAGUCCCCAGGAAAUGCACCCAAGAGGGAAAAGUCUGUGACCCCCUUUGCUCUGAGGACGGCUGUUGGGGGCCUGGCCCGGACCAAUGUGUCUCCUGCCAUAACUACAGCCGUGAAAGAACCUGUGUUGACUCCUGCAGCUUCUAUGAGGGGGAGGUUCGAGAAUUUGUGCAAGAUGGUGCGUGCUUCUCAUGUCAUCCACAGUGCCAGAGGAUCGAGGGAGGCCUAACCUGCAAUGGAUCGGGUGCAGACGCCUGCACAACCUGUGCAAACUAUAAGGACGGGCCACACUGUGUAGAGAGAUGUCCCGAGGGUAUCGUAGGGGAGAAGGCGCUCAUCUUCAAAUUCCCUGAUGCCAAUAAGGAAUGCUGGCCAUGCCAUGAGAACUGCACGCAGGGGUGUGAUGGCCCACUGAUUGAAGAUUGCUUUGUUGAGGAACUCCCUAUUGCCAGGACAGCCCCGACCGUGAUCGCCGUGAUGGUGGUGGGCUGCCUCUUCGUCUUCUGCUCCUGCGUCUUGCUCUCUUUCUUAUAUUGCCGUGGCAAGAAAAUUCAGAAGAAGCGAGCCAUGCGGAGAUACCUGGAAAGAGGGGAGAGUUUGGAGCCCCUGGAUCCCAGUGAAAAAGCCAAUAAGGUCCUGGCCCGAAUCUUCAAGGAGACGGAAUUAAAAAAACUGAAAGUUCUAGGAUCAGGCGUGUUUGGAACAGUGCACAAAGGUUUCUGGAUUCCGGAAGGAGAUUCUCUCAAGAUCCCCGUGAGCAUCAAGGUUAUCCAGGACCUAAGUGGCCGCCAGACCUUCCAUGCUGUCACUGAUCACAUGCUGGCGAUAGGCAGCCUGGACCAUGCUUAUAUUGUCCGUCUCCUGGGCAUCUGUACUGGCACCCAGCUGCAACUUGUGACGCAGCUCGUACCGUUGGGCUCACUGCUGGAGUACGUCCGCAAAAACAAGGAUGCUAUUGGCCCACAGCUGAUGCUCAACUGGUGUGUGCAGAUCGCCAAGGGCAUGUACUACCUGGAGGAACACCGCAUGGUCCAUCGCAACCUUGCUGCCCGCAAUGUUUUGGUAAAAUCCCCUAGCCAGGUACAGGUGGCGGAUUUUGGCAUUGCUGACUUGCUCUAUCCAGAUGACAAGAAAUACUUUUACAAUGAGAUUAAGACACCAAUAAAAUGGAUGGCUUUGGAGAGCAUACAUUUUGGAAAAUAUACACACCAAAGUGAUGUGUGGAGUUAUGGAGUGACAUUAUGGGAGAUGAUGACCUUUGGGAGUGAACCUUAUGCUGGAAUCCACCUUUCAGAAGUGCCUGACCUUCUAGAGAAAGGGGAGCGUCUCUCACAGCCCCAAAUCUGCACCAUUGAUGUCUACAUGGUGAUGGUAAAAUGCUGGAUGAUUGAUGAGAACAUUCGGCCCACCUUCAAAGAGCUAGCCAAUGAGUUCACACGGAUGGCCCGUGACCCCCCUCGCUACCUGGUGAUUAAGAGAGAGAGCGGGACACUCUCCCCAGUUGAGCCACCCACACUCAGCGAAAAGGAGCUGGAUGAGAUGGAGACUCUGGAAAUGGAGACAGAGUUGGAGGAGGAGGAGGAAAUUAAUAACCUCUUUGCCUCCAGGCAGUGGAUUGACUCAAUACGGAAUCCAACUCUUCUGAAUCCUUCUGCUGGAUACAUCCCCAUGAAUCAGAGCAGCCUCAGUGGAAGUCGCCAGAGCACUGGGCUGGGCUCCCGGCAGACGUUGCGCGUACGGCAGGAGUCGAUGGGCCGCACGGUAUCGGAGUCGUCGGAGGGACGGGGCACCGCCUCGGAGUAUGACCUCACUGAGGACCUGUCGUUGUCGGGGAGCCUGUGCCGCAGCCUGCGGUCCCGGGGAGACAGUGCCUACCUGUCUCAGCGAGAGAGCCUGAUGCUUCCCAUUGGCAGUGCUGAUGGAGAGGAAGAUGCCAAUGGCUACGUCAUGCCAGAUCGAAAUAGCAGAGAGCGUGCUGCUGCUGGCGUCGCCGCCUCCCUGGUCUGCGGCUCACUUCCUGUGCAUGAAGUGGAGGAAGAGUAUGAGUACAUGAAUCGGCGUGCUCCACAGCCUCGGCAGCCCCGGCCGGCCUCUCUGGAGGAGCUUGGCUACGAGUACAUGGACCUGGGCUCAGAGCUGAGCGCGUCUUUGGGCAGCGUGCCGAGUUCCCAACUAACCACACCCUGUCGGGAGGAGGAGGAGGAGGAGGAGGACUAUGAGUACAUGAACAAACAGCCCAAGCUCAGCAAGUCCCUGAGUAGCAUUCGCAGCUCUCGGGGGGACUAUACCGACAUGGACUCCGGCAUCACACAGGGCUCCCCAGAUGAGCAGGGCUAUGAGGAAAUGGAUGCCGUCCUGCCCCCAGUCCAGUGUCUCGGCUGCCAGAGUCCGCCCUGUCCCCAGAAUGGGUUCAUGAAGCCCCUGCGCACCCUGGAGGCCUCGGACUGCGCUUUUGACAACCCGGAUUACUGGCACAGCCGGCUGUUCAGCAAGGCCGAUGGUCAGAGGACAUAGCUGGGGGCUGGCAGCUUCAUCUGCCCCUUGGUGGGGGGGAGCGCCAACCAAGCCCUUGGUCUUCAGCUGCAAACGUCCUUGUUGUGCUCAUGGGCUGAAAGGGGGAAUUUCCUUAUGGCUCCUAAGUAAGCCUCCGUGACAUUGAUCAUAAUGAGCAAGCAUGUCGAGUCCAUCCAAUGAUGGGCUCCUCCGGGGUUGCAUCACAGCUCCCCUGCCUUGCGCUGUUGUUUGACCAAUUAUGCCUCAGGCCCCUUCCAUGCAAAGGCUUUGGACCUGGGGUGGGGGGCCAAACAGAACCGUUUUAGGAAAUCACAGCCUAAACUGCGGGGUCUAUUCCUGCGCAAUCACAGAGUGAGGUGCAGCUCUGGUUUAGAAAGCCAGGAGGAAUCCUCUGGUCUGACCUCCCGAAGCGUUGAGCCCCACCCGGCGCUACUGUGCUGUGCGCAGAGCCAAGGCCUUGAGGUGCUCGUCUUUGCGCAGCCUGUAUGGAGACAACCCUCUGCCCAUCGACGGCAGGGGGGCCUUAAGCAUGAGCCAAGCGUGCUGAGCCUUGGAGGUGGCUGUGAGACUGAAGGGAAGGCUUUCUUGACCAAGGAGGUGAUGCCCUUGCUUGUUACGUCCUAUCCCGACAAUAUAUGCAAUAGAGGAGGAGAGGAUUAGUUAUCAGGGUGGAUAUGAAGGAUAAUGGUGCUUUUUCCGAGAGCCUGAUUGACGCAACCUCAUAUUGGGGGGACAGUGUGCCCAAGGGUGGGCCUGGGAUAAGACUUGUGCAUUUUGAUCCUACCUCUCAGUAGACUUGUGGUUCAGAAAAGAUGCUUUAGAACCCCUUGGUUUUGCCUUCAUCUCUGUCACUGCUGUUUCAGUGUGCUGUUAGCAAUUCCUGUGUCUUACAAGUUUCCAUAUGUGGAUGGAGACGCUUGAGAAGAGGGGAGUGGACAGGAACAAAGCCAGAACAUGCUAGAGGCCUAGACUUCCAUCUCUGGACAUUUAGAUGCUCCCUGCCACAGGCAACUUAAAUUCUCUCUCUUUCUCUUGCCCGUGGAAGAUCCAGCAGUAUUCUCAAGUGUCCCAGAACAAAGAGCACUAGAGAGACAGCAAGGACUGAUCUGAAGAAGAGAGAAACUGAUUCUGUCCCCCAGGUGGGCAGAAAGUCCUCCUGAAAGGCAGCAUUCUCCAUAUUCCCUCCCUCAAUGAGAUGGAUUAGGCUUCUCGGGAUGGGGGCCAAUUAGAGUAAUUGAGUCCCUACUGUAAUCAGUGAACACUAGAGGGGAGAUGUGCUUACUGCUGAAGUUAACUACUACUGUUCGAAAGGUUGCAAAGUUGCACUGUGGUCCUUAAUAGUGUUACCCCUGAUUCUUUUAAAUCAGGUUCAUUUACACAAGAGUAUGAUUUGGGAACAAAUUUCUUCCUUCCAUCACCAUCACCCCACCCUACCCUGAAGACCAGUCGUAUUGUACGUAACCUUGACUUUGUUCCAGCAUGUUUGGGAUUGCAUCAUAUAAAGGGAUAUUUACGAAAGGGGGGAAAAAAUCAAGCCUGAUCAGAAAGUGAUGAAGGUUGUGAGGGAAGCCCUGCAUUUGAUCUUAGUAUCUUGUCGGAGUCCUGUAAAUGCUGUCUGAACAGCAUGUUCCUCCUUUAUGUUCCUUCGUCUGCAUUAUUGAUUGGCUCAUAACUUCCAUUGCGGAGCACUGUUAUACUGGGAGGGAAAAAUAAUAUCCAGAUUGUUUUGAGGUCACCUGUGUUGGUCUUCAAGCUUUCCUUUGAAUAUGUGACUGAAAUUUAAGUGGUGAUUU